GCCGGGUCUGUCUUAAGCAGCAGAAUCCUGAUGUGGCACAUAGCUGAAGGGGGUUUAAUAUUUUGUGUUUGGUGUGUAAUGUGAGGAGACAGAUGCAUUGAUUGGAGAGAGUAAACAACGAAGAUAGACCACUUUGCUCCCUUCGUUUCAGAAAUUAUCUUCACAACUGUGAUCUGGUAUUCCUCUAAGAAUUCAGCGUUUUUCCUUCAGAUUCAGAUCCUGACUUUUAACACAAUUCAAAUUUCUUCGAGGCUAGCUGUAUCUUCGGUAUAAAGUCCUUGGAUAUCUCCUGCAGAUUCUAACCGGCAGUUGACAGUAUUUUCAAGCCUGACCUGAGGACAAUACCACCAUCACAAGAAUCAGUAGAGUGAACCUCCGCUGCAGUCCCUCUCUGGCAGAUCUGAGGAGUAGGCAAGUCGUUUUCCCCCAGCAGAGUGGAAAUGCGGUAACAAGUUCGGGCAGGCAACACAAGGAAAGGCGUUGACUGACGGCGGCCGAGUUCCUCUAUCAUCGCCACCGUCUUUGAUUCAGACAAGAGCCAUGUACGGAAGCUCCAGGGCAGUGGGCCACGUGGAAGGCAGCCCAUCGCGGUCUCCCCGGCUUCCCCGCUCACCUCGCCUGGGACACCGUCGAACAAGCAGCGGCGGGACCGGCGGAGCCGGCAAGACCCUGUCCAUGGAGAACAUCCAGUCUCUGAAUGCAGCCUACGCUACGUCGGGACCCAUGUACCUGAGUGAUCAUGAGGGAGUCGCCUCCACCAGCUUUCCCAAAGGCACCAUGACCCUGGGCAGGGCGACUAACAGAGCCACCUAUGGGGGGCGGGUGACGGCUAUGGGCAGCAGUCCUAACAUCGCCUCGGCUGGCCUCCCUCCCGGGGGAGAUGCCCUGUCUUUCAGUGAUCACCACCAGCAGAGCGGCAUGGUGACCCCAUCCUCACACCACCACCACCAUCACCAAGUGCCCUCUACCCUGAGGCAGGUCCGGGAUAACGCCGUGGUCGAUCUACAAGCGCAGCUCAAGGAUCUGCAACGAGAGAACGAGAUCCUCCGGAAGGAGCUGGAAGUUAAAGACACCAAGCUGGGAUCGUCCAUGAACAGCAUUAAAACUUUCUGGAGUCCCGAGCUGAAGAAGGAGAGAGUGCUGAGGAAAGAGGAGGCGGCCAGGAUGUCGGUGCUUAAAGAACAGAUGCGAGUAUCUCAUGAGGAAAGUCAGCCUUUGGAUGCAAGGAGAUCAAAGCACCUACAGUUGACCAUCCAAGCAUUACAAGAUGAACUUCGAACCCAACGUGAUCUUAAUCAUCUUCUUCAGCAGGAAAAUGUUAACCGAGGUGCUGAGCAUUAUACUAUUGAGCUCACUGAGGAGAAUUUUCGUAGGUUGCAGGCAGAACAUGAGCGACAAGCAAAAGAGCUUUUUCUUUUGAGGAAGACUUUAGAAGAAAUGGAACUAAGGAUUGAAACACAGAAACAAACAUUGAAUGCAAGGGAUGAAUCAAUUAAAAAGCUUUUAGAAAUGUUGCAAAGUAAAGGAUUGCCAUCCAAAUCUAUGGAAGAAGAACAUGAAAGAAGUCGGAGAAUAUCUGAAGCAGAAUCUCAAGUAAACCAUCUGGAAGUCCUACUGGAUCAGAAAGAGAAAGAAAACAAUCAUCUUAAAGAGGAGCUGCACAGGAGAACGCCAAGCCAGCCAGAGUCUGCAAAGACGAAGGCCCUUCAGACAGUUAUUGAAAUGAAGGAUACCAAGAUUGCCUCACUGGAGAGAAAUAUUAGGGAUUUAGAGGAUGAAAUUCAAAUGUUGAAGACUAAUGGAGCUCUGAGUAAUGAAGAUCGGGAAGAAGAGCUUAAACAGAUGGAAGUUUACAAGAGUCAUUCAAAGUUCAUGAAAAAUAAGAUUGAUCAGUUAAAACAGGAUUUGUCCAAGAAGGAAUCUGAACUCCUUGCCUUACAAACCAAGCUUGAAACAUUGAACAAUCAGAAUUCUGAUUGUAAACAACACAUUGAGGUUCUCAAAGAAUCACUCACUGCCAAAGAACAGAGAGCUGCCAUACUUCAAACAGAGGUUGAUGCAUUGAGGUUGCGACUUGAGGAAAAAGAAAGUUUCCUUAACAAAAAAACAAAACAGCUGCAAGAUCUUACAGAAGAAAAGGGAACACUAGCAGGAGAGAUUCGCGAUAUGAAAGAUAUGCUGGAGGUGAAAGAAAGAAAGAUCAAUGUCCUCCAGAAAAAGAUUGAAAAUCUUCAAGAACAACUUAAAGACAAAGAUAAACAACUUAACAAUUUGAAAGACCGAGUUAAGUCAUUACAAACAGACUCUAGCAAUACAGAUACAGCUUUGGCAACGCUAGAAGAAGCUUUAUCAGAGAAGGAAAGAAUUAUAGAACGCCUGAAGGAGCAACGUGAAAGAGAUGAUCGAGAAAGGCUCGAAGAGGUUGAAUCAUAUAAAAAAGAAAAUAAAGAUCUUAAAGAGAAGAUUAACAAUUUACAAGCAGAGUUAGCAGAAAAAGAGUCUAGUUUGAUUGACUUGAAGGAACAUGCAUCUUCAUUGGCUUCAACGGGCUUAAAGAAAGAUUCCAAAUUAAAAUCUUUAGAAAUAGCCAUAGAGCAAAAAAAAGAAGAAUGUAGUAAGUUGGAAGCACAAUUGAAGAAGCAAGCUGAGCAGUUGUUCAAUCAGAUGUACAUACCAGUUCAUGAUGCUGAAGAGGAUGCUCAUUUGAACCCAGAGUUGGGUGAGAAAAUGAGGCAACUUGAGAAGGAUGUGGCAUACUUCAAAGAGGAGUUUGGUAAAUCCCAAGCUGAAGUUGACAGACUUUUGGAGAUCUUGAAAGAAGUAGAGACUGAGAAAAGUGAGAGAGAUAAGAAAAUAGCAGAGCUUGAGAGACAAGUAAAGGAUCAAAAUAAAAAAGUGGCCAACCUGAAGCACAAAGAGCAGAUGGAGAAGAAGAAAAAUGCGCAAUUACUGGAGGAAGCUCGUAAACGAGAAGACAACUUGACUGAUAACUCUCAGCAGAUGGAGGAAACAGUGCAACAGAAAGACGAGCGAAUUGAGGAGCUGGAAGAAGCCCUGCGUGAGAGUGUGCAGAUAACUGCAGAGAGAGAGGUGAUUCUCGCCCAGGAAGAAGCUUCUAGAUCUUCUGCAGAGAAACAGUUAGAAGAAUUGAUGGCCACUCUGGAGAAGACAAGACAAGAACUGGAUUCCACCAAGGUCAGGCUAACCUCAACACAACAAUCUCUUGCUGAGAGGGAGGCACAUCUCACUAAUUUACGGAUAGAACGGAGAAAGCAGCUGGAAGAAGUGCUCGAGAUGAAACAAGAAGCACUGCUGGCAGCCAUCAGUGAGAAGGAUGCAAACAUUGCCUUAUUAGAAUUGUCUGCCUCUAAAAAGAAAAAGACACAAGAUGAAGUAAUAGCUCUUAAACGUGAAAAGGACCGACUAGUACAACAGUUGAAACAGCAGACACAAAAUCGAAUGAAACUUAUGGCAGAUAAUUACGAUGAUGAUCACCAUCACCACCAUCACCAUCACCACCAUCACCACCGCUCACCAGCAAGAUCACAACAUAGUAACCAUCGACCCUCUCCUGAUCAGAUGAUCCAGUCACUGUUGGAGGCAUUCAACCACCGCAUCAAAUUAAAACUGUACAUCGAUCACCUGACCACACUAUGCCUGGAGCGGAACCCACAAGUCUUGGCAGGAUUGCCAUCAUUAUCACUCAACGAGGAAGAAGAGGAUGAGGUUUCCCGGGAGCGUCAGUUGCAAAGUAUGACACCUGAACAGCUAACCGAGGAGUUUGAGAGAGGAGAAAAGGAAAAUGUGACACUACAGGAGUACACAGACAACUUGCUUCAACGAAUCUCAGACCUAUGCCCUGAUGUCCUGGAGCAAGUCAUCAAAAUGCUGGAAGAAGCAGCCUGAUGUAGCAGAAAGUGAGGCAGUAUUUGAAUUGUGUUAGUUCCUUAUGAAGUGAGUAGAAUGGAAUACCCCAUUCAGCAUUUAAAUCACUAAAAGCUGCAUCUUUCUUUCAAAGCCAAUUUUCAGCCAACAAAACUAGUGUAUACCUUAAAAGUAUUGGGGAUAUCAUUCCAGAAGUAUUAGCAUCCUCAGUUACAAUCAAGAAAGAUGGAAAUAAUAUGUCCUCUGAAAAGCCUAUGUAAUGAUUGGGUGGAUGUUCAGCUUGCCUUGACUACCUUCUUGAGAUUCCUGUUGCUUGCAAUUUUUAUAUCCAGCUUCAGCUUUUAACCCAUUAUGGUAAACUUCUGUAGGUUCAGCAGCUAUGAUGGGUUCGGGGAGUUCCACAGUUAAUCUUCCCCUACCCUGUUGUACACCUUAGACCAGGUGCAUAGGAAAGUGACAAGAGCUUUUUAAUCUUAACAUUUUAGUGGAUACUACAUCAAAUAUCAAACUUAGCUUUUGUGUGAUGAAAAGUUCAGUUUUAAAGGUGAAAGAAUUAUCAAACAGUUGACAAGGAUUAUCCUUCUGAACAAAGAAACCUGUGCCUCUCAAAAUGUACUGUACGUCUGAAUAUGUUCAUUAGAUGAUCAAUUUAAAAGAGGCAUUGUUAAAAUGGAAAAGUAUUUUAAAAUUCUGGAACAGGCCCACUAGCUUUGGAUUGCCAUAUGUAAAGCAAAUGUCAGCAAGUAGGAAAAAGCAGAAUUUGUUGUGCAAUUCUUUCUUGCUGAUGUUGCAAAGCUGUCUGAUGGUAAUGGUUGUCCUUUAUGCCAUUAUUAAAGAUUCCAGAAGAAAUUUAACAGCAUCUUGCAGCUGAUUUCUAAGUAUAGUAACUUGUGCAUUUGUAUAAUUUUGAGAUCUUAAUGCAUAAUCUUACUCAAUGCAGGGGAGCUUUACUGCUUUGAGUGGAAAUGCAAUAGAAAAGUUUUUACUGCUUAAAUGAAACCAAACCUCAGAGCUUUCUUCAGUAAAGGGGGCAAAGUUCUUUGGAAUAUGUUCAGCACAUCUGGCAUAUUUUGCACUCCUGGAGAACACAGGCAACAAGAAGUAGUAUGUAACAUUGUUGUCACAUUGGGGUUGUGAUCCUUUGAGUGCCCUAACAAGCAGUUCUCUAUGUUCUAUAGUACAACUGAAUACUUGAAGUAGGAAAUUCUUACCAUGAGGACCUAAUGUUAAAUAAAUGUCAUAGUAAAAGCAUAAAAGCAAUGAUGUUUAGCUGUUAUUUAAUUUCUAUGUAAUGUGCCAAUUUGGAACAGUUAUUGUAUUGGGGGAAUUCUGUUGUUCCCAGAUUAUAGGAGCAACAAUCUUAAACAUGAACUUCAAAUCAGGGUGUCGAAACAUGACUUUUCAGGCAAAAGAAAACUGUUCCACCAAAUGAAAAAGACAUUUCUCGUUACGUUUUACAGAAUUUCAAGAUGUUUUCUUUUGAUACUUUGGCAUAGAAUCUGGUUAAAAUAAACACUGUGACAAACUGACAGUAAUGUUUUAUUUAUGCGCCAUUGGUAGACAUCUCGCUUUGAGUGUUAAAAAAUUAUUACCAUAAUUAUAAAUUCUCUUUUCUCUUGGCUUGUUUUCAAAUAAUUAACUUGACUGGUGUUCUGAUUGUUAUUAUGCUUGUACUAUAUAAUGUGUCAAUUUCUGUACAGUAAUUUUUGUAUUUGAGAUUUGUGUAUCAAAAAGCACGCAAUUUCAGUUUGACUUUCAUUUGAAAGUGGAUUAACAAAUUAAUAUCCAAAUAGUGUUUACAAGCAGAUCAUGAAAAUGUUGACACAAUGCUUAUUUGCGAUGUAAUUGUGUGGAAUGGUGUUUGAAUGUGAUGUGCUGGAAUAUGUAAUCAGUAAUUCCCCAGGUAGCCUCUUUUAAAUGUUGCGUCAGGUUUUAGUAACACCUCUAGUCCUAUUAUUUUCAAAUUUGUGGCAUGUCAUGGGUUCUGCUGUUGAUAUGUAGUAAAGAUGUUGACAUGGUACCAAAAGGAAUCCUUCAGUAUGGUUAACCACCAUGGGCAUGAUUUAAAACUGUUACUGUACAUCAUUAUCAUGUGGACAUGUAGAGGUAUAUAAAGUAUAAAACAUUGUUAUCAAUGUGCAAGAAAUAUCUAGUGUUGCCCAGCUUGUUUAUAUAUUCAUUAAAUAAAAGUUUCUUUCUGAUAUUA